AUGCGCUCAAUAGCUGUCGCCUUUGCGGCCGUCUUCCUCUCGUUGCUGGUCGUGCUCCGCGCUAACGCGGCACUCUCGGAACCCAAGCUCAGAUACGUUCUCAACUCGGGCAAGCUCGCUCUCUCCACCGUCGACGGCUCAUCUCGUCUCUCGAAGGAAUUCUCGACACAUGCGGACUACUCGAAGAACACAUCGCCCUUCAGCCUUGCCGCUCCGACACAGCUGGAGAACGAUGAUGUGAUCCGACUUGGUUUCAGCUUGAGCGUGGAAGAAGCGACGGGCAAGAAGGUUGCCAAGGAUGGAUCGGCGCUCGGAAAGGAGCAUGUGCCUCAUCAGGCUUUCAUCGUACUCGCAUCGGAGCAGGACGAAAGUGCAUCACAUGCUUGGCCGGUCGCAGUCAAACCGAGCACUGGAAAAGUCACUUGGAACUUGAGAAUGGACAGGAUCCCUGCGUCGCUUCUUCGAGCCCCAUCCCCGUUGACACUCUCCAUCCUGAUUGCCAACUUUCCCACCAACUCGGCUCCCGAAGGCGCCUACUCGCCUCUCUCGCUCCCUCUCCUCUCGCUCAUCCCUCCGUCGAGCUUGGUGGACGCCGCCAUCGCCUCGGCAUCCUCCUCACUCUCUGCUCGCGAAAAGGCUGAGAUCGAACAGGGCUUCCACGGGCUUCCCGAGCACAAGCACACGUUCGGUAUCCCUCCCACCGAAACCAUGCCCAGCACCAAGAUCAGCGGUCUCGCCUCGCUCAUCACAGCGGCUGUCCCGUGGCUCUUCCUGAUCGCCGCGCUCGGUGUCAUCAAGCCUGAGAUCCAGUCGCCAUCUUCCAAGGCGCUGGUGCUGUUUGCAGCGUUGGCGGGAUUGGAGGCUCUAGCGGUGAGGUACUGGAUCGGCUUGACGCUGUUCCAGAUGCUGCCGCUGUUGUUGGGUGCAGGCCUGGUGACUGUGGUUGUGGGGAGGAGCGCGUUGGUGGAGCUCAGGAAGAAGAGGCUUGCAGUGUCGUCGUAG